GAGUGGGUGGGAGCUAGACAUUAGCGCUCAGACCAUUCCUUUGAUUCUCACAACACUCCCAGCUCAGACAUACAGGAGUAGUCUUGUAACGAAAUGGCUUGCAACCUCUAGGAUUUCCCCUACAAUUGACGACUAGGAUCUAACUCUAUACCUAAAAAAGGGAUUCAUAUGAGAUCAUUCCAGGAUGUGGAUUCAUUUAGCCUUCCAUUGACACAGAACCUUUGCUUUCAGAACCCUUUAGAAGGUCCAUGCGGGUUCCUUUCAUCUUGAAGAGAGUUUGGAGAAAAAAGAUCUCUCUCUCUCUCCUGAGUGUGAAGCUCUCUCCCUCUCCAGAAUGAGUGUGUGUGCCGACGUCCCCUCAUACCUGCGGCGGUGGCUGCUGACUGCUGUGUUUAUCUUGGCCACUCUGCUACCAGGAACCAGUGGCUGCCCCAAAUCGUGCGCGUGCUACGUUCCCACCGAAGUGCACUGUACCUUCAGAUAUCUGACCGCAAUACCAGGCCAGAUCCAGACGGCUGUGGAAAGAAUUAACCUAGGGUAUAACAGUAUAACCGUAUUGAGGGAGAAUGAUCUGUCUGGGUUGAAACACCUGGAGCUGCUGAUGCUCCACAGCAACACCAUCCACAGCAUCGCUGACAGGGCCUUUCAAGACCUCAAGUCCUUACAGGUCCUGAAGAUGAGCUACAACAGAGUGAAGGAGAUCAACAAGGACAUCUUCCAAGGCCUGGAGGGACUGGUACGACUCCACAUGGACCACAACCGCAUCGAAUUCAUCAACCCGGAGGCGUUCUACGGUCUCACCACAUUACAGCUGGUCCACCUGGAGGGCAACCUGCUCCAGCAGCUCCACCCGGAUACCUUCAUCACGCUGAGGCACAGCCAAGUGUUCAAGGUGUCCUCCGUCAGGAACAUCCACCUGUCUGAUAACCUCCUCGCCAGCCUCCCCAAAGACGUCUUCACUGGCUGCUCUCAGCUGGAGAAUGUCUAUCUCCACGGCAACCCCUGGUCCUGCGACUGUCGCAUGGCUUGGUUCCCAGAGUGGGCGGAGAGAAAUUCAGCUGUGCUGAAAUGUAAGCGAGACAGGAAGUUUGCCAGAGGUCAGGCCUGCCCCAUCUGUGAGACCCCCGCUCCCUCUAGAGGCAAGAGCCUAACCCAGCUUCCCCGUGAUGCCUUCACCUGUACCAAGCCCUGGAUCCACCCCCAUCUGAAACAGAGGAACGUCAGCCUGGACGAGGGGGAUUACACCCCUGUCUCGCCCCGGGACUUCAUCGCUCCCAUUGGAUCUCUGCAGAUGAAUCUGACAGCUCAGUUCCACAAUGACGCUAGCCUUACCUGCACAGUCCAGAGACCAUCAGCCAUGGAGAACCUGACUCUAACCCAGGUUGAGGAGGGGGAGAAGAACGUGACCAUGCUCUCCACCACCAUCUCUACAUGGCUGGUUUGUAAUAUUGACUAUGAGCACAUCCAACAGCUCUGGCGCAUCCUGGCUACGUACAGUGACGUUCCCAUGAGGCUAGAGAGAGGGUUGAUGCUCUCCAGGACCCCAGACAUGAUCUACAAGUACACCCAGAUCAGACCAAAGGAGGGACAUGACGAAAUCCACACAGACAUUGAGGCUGAGAUUAAGGCUUCACCCGCGUGGAUGAUGCAAGGAGAGGUCAACUUUCAGCUGGACCGCACUACGACCACAUUCUCCACCUUGCACAUUAAGUACAGGUCAGUGGUCAACCUGCGUGUGGAGAACAAGGUGUCACAGAGGAGGGACCGUUACAGCUGGACCAUCAUCAAACGAGACAACCAGACCCAGACUGAGCACUCUGUCCUCAUAGGUGGGGUGGUGGAGCUCAACUGCAAGACCUUUGGGGAACCAAAACCCUCUGUAGAGUGGAUCUUAUCGGACGGCAGUAAGGUGCGGGCACCCUACUCCAGCGAAGACCGCAGGAUAGUGAUCACCGCUGAUGGCAGGCUGACCCUGAGAGGAACAGACACCUCAGACACUGGGCUUUACCGCUGCAUCGCCACUAACUACCUGGACGCAGACGUGCUCAGCUUCCGGGUCACCGUGCUGUCUCCCGAUGUGGAGGAGGAGGAGGUCAACGGGGUCAAGCUCUCACGGCCACUGGGCCAGAGCCUGGUUCUAGACUGUGGGUCCACAGGCAACCCUGAUGCCUCGGUCCAGUGGAUUCUACCUGACCACACAGUGCUGGAUAAAUCCUAUGGGAACAGGAAGCUCUAUAGGAAUGGGACUCUAGGAAUAAAAGAUCUGACCUCCAGAGACCGGGGAUUUUACAGGUGUCUCAAUGCUAACUACCUGGGGGUGGACCUGUUGACGUCCCAAGUGACAGUCACUGGGGAGGGGUCCAGGAAGGUGACAGUGGUGGAUAGAGAGGGGUCAGGGGCGGAGGCUUUGUUUGAGGUUGACAGGGCCAUAGAGGAGAGGGAGGAUUCCCACAGUGAGGUCCCUUCCUCCAGCCCCUCUGACAGAACUAUCCAAGAGUCCAGGACCAUCACAUCAGACAGGCCCUACCCCAGACUUAGGUCUUCCUCUCAGGGCAGAGGAUCAGCGGGCUCUUGGGGGAGAAGGAGGAGCCCAGCCAGCAGCAGGCGCAUAUGGAGCAACAGGAGGGUAUUUGAUCAAGCCUCCAGGAAAGUAGACCUCCAGAGAUUUGCAGAGUUCAUGAAGAAGGCCCAAGGUGGUUCAACAACAAAGACAAAGAGUGUGAAAGAAAAAGGAGAUUCAGAGCCUGACAUGUCUGGGGACCGGGAUGCUGGAUCUGGGGAGGGUCUGUCUCAUGAAGACGGACUCAUUGUUUUACCAAGCAGCGUCAUGCCAACCACAGAUUCUCCAGAUGAAAGUAUGAUGGGUGUAACUGCAAGCAUAGAGAUUUUAAACAAUCAGAAUAAUGUCAUGGCAACCACCGACAACAGUGAAACCAGUGUCAUGAGAACCAUGGAGAUCCCAAAUGACAGUCGGACUAGUUUCACUGUAACAACAGAAAAUACUGACAGAGUGACAACAGUGACGACAGAUUCAUACACCCGGUCAGACGCCACACCCAUCGAGUCCACAUUCACCCACAGCAGCCACAGCACAGGAAGUAUCAAUGAAACUCAAGGUGAGGCCGUCUUUCAAUACAGCCCCAGAAUUAGUGGGUCUAGUGGUGAGUCGUACUCUUUGGAGAGGAACACGACAGUACCUCUGAGACAACCCGUCACGCUCCUCCUCGCCGUGACCAACACCACAGACGAGACACAGAUCCUGUUCUCCAGAGAAACACCUGCAGAACCAGAUACCUCCACCGGGGCGGCGCUAUCGCUCCUCACCGACCCCAAUGUCACCCCCAUGAUGGACAGUCCCAGAUCACCCAACAGAGAGCCUGAGAUCCACACAGCCACUGACCCAGACAGCCAGACCACCUUCACCGCAGUCACCACCACAGAGAGAGAGCAGGAUGAGAUCACCUUCCACACCACCCAGAAGAUCAAGUCCCCCCGUCUGCCUGCAGGCUCCACCAUCAUCUCCCGCCAGCAGAUCCAUAUCAUCCCUCCUAUGAAGGGCAGAGGAGGAGGAAGAGGAGGGGGCCGGAGGAGGAACUUCCCUGGCAGGAGGAGGUUCAUCAAGCCCAACCGGAUCACAGACAUCCAGUCCAUCCUGAACAAACUCAAACAGCCUAACAUUGUGAAGAAGCAGGGCAGCAGCACAGUACCCUACACUAUGGAGCUGACCACGGACUGCGACUGUGAUGAAGAUGAGAAGAAGAUAGGUGGUCAGCGGGUCGUCACACCAACAACAUCUCCUAAAACUCCCAACGUCCCUAGCUCCUCUCUAGGAAGAACAGAGAGACCGACCACCACAUACUCAACAGAAUCCCCCACCACAACCACCCAGCCCACCUCCACUCACUCUCAGUCCCCCACCACCACCCAGCCCACCUCUACUCACUCUCAGUCCCCCACCACCACCCAGCCCACCUCCACUCACUCUCAGUCCCACUCCACCACCCAGCCCACUUCCUCUCACUCUCAGUCCAGAGGUGAGGUAUCCAGCAGCUACAUGACCUCCACUAAUGCCCCAGAGUUUGACCCAACACACAACCCUAUGACGAGCACAACAGAUGAACCAACAACCUCCACCAUCACAACCACAAUUGCCUCCAAGAUCGUCCGUGGUAAGAUCAUCUGGGGCAAGCUGUUUGGGAACAGGGACAGGCAGAGGGAAAUAGUCAACAGACUACGUAAACCAGCCAGGCCCUCAACCACCCCAGAGGGCUCAACAAUAGUCCAACCAACCACCCCCACAACUACAACCACAAACGCACUUCCCACCCAGCGGUCUCUGGCUGAACCUGUGACCGAGUCACCGUCUAGAGCAGGUAAACACAGAGAGACCCCAGAAAUCUCAUCAGACGAUGACUAUGGAGAUUCAUUGCCUGACUCUGAGGCCUCGACCACACCUCAGCCUGGCACUAGCCGUGGAACUACAACCCCAGCCUGGCACUGCAGGUACUCCCCCACCACAGAGUCUUCCCCAGACACCCUGACCAUCGCCUCCCCACCUGCCCCAAGAGAAGACACAGAUGAGGCCUCGUCCUCUGUGUCUGAAUCUGGAGGGUCAGCGGGGUACCUAUCCCGUAGAUUUGGGGGAAACCGGAGACCAAAUGGCGGGUCAGGGGGGUACCUAUUCCGUAGAUUUGGGGGAAACCGGAGGCCAAAUGGAGGGUUAGGGGGCAGGAGGCCUUUCAGGGGCAGGAGGCCUUUAAAAAAAAACUUAACAACUACGGAAGCCCUCAGCACCACCAUAGAAUCAACAGAGCCUUCAACCACCAUGGAGACCACCAUGGAGACCACCACAUAUCCCACAGAAACCACCAUGGAAACCACCAUGGAGACCACCAUGGAGACCACCACAUAUCCCAUAGAAAUCACCAUGGAGACCACCACAUAUCCCGUAGAAGCCACUAUGGAAACCACCAUGGAGACCACCACAUAUCCCACAGAAACCACCAUGGAGACCACCACAUAUCCCACAGAAACCACCAUGGAGACCACAAUGGAGACCAACACAUAUCCCUUAGAAACCACCAUGGAGACCACCAUGGAGACCACCACAUCUCCCACAGAAACUACCAUGGAGACCACCAUGGAGACCACCACAUAUCCCACAGAAACCACCAUGGAGACCACCAUGGAGACCACCAUGGAGACCACCACAUCUCCCACAGAAACCAUAAUGGAAACCACCACAUAUCCCAUAGAAACCAGUAUGGAAACCACCAUGGAGACCACCACAUAUUCCACAGAAACCAGUAUGGAGACCACCAUGGAGACCACCACAUAUCCCACAGAAACUACCAUGGAAACCACCGUGGAGACCAUCACAUAUCCCAAACAUACCGUCUCGGUCUCCAACCCCCUGUACAAGCCGUCCAGAGAAUCAGAUAGGUCUGCAGUGACUGUGUCCACUGACAUGACCUCCGUGGGAGAAACCACCACAGACUCCGACUCAUACGAUAAUGAGAACUGGACAGAUGAGAUGAAGUCCUCCACUAACCGUCCACGAGCCUACACUUUCACCACCAGGCCCAGAAUGACCUCUACCACAACUUAUCCAACCACCACCUCAAGGCCUUACACUACAUCAUCAACGCGCGUCCAGACUAACAUUGACCCCAUCAGAGUGAACACUAACAUCAAGCUCCCGUCAGGGAGAGACAGCCGUUACCAAAUCACACAGAGACCCAUGAUCAGGAGAACCAGGCCCAAGGUGUCCAGUAACAGGGCCAGCAGUGGCCCAGACAAGACCCUGACCUUUGACACACUGACUAUUCUGGAAGCAGAGCAGGGGCACGCCAAAGCCCCCUAUAGCAGCAAGGACAUAGACGAUGCCAUCUCCAACGCCUAUACCCACAUCACCGGCUAUGAUACGACAACAGCUAACAUUGUGGGCUUUGAGCGGUCCACCAAGGACAUGCUCACCAAGCCCAGGAUCGUGGGAGGCAACGCUGCCAGCUUCACUGUCCUGUCCAACUCAGACGCCUUCCUGCCCUGUGAGGCCGCGGGCAGCCCUGAACCCACUAUCAGCUGGAAACGCUUCUCUUCAAGCACUGGAAGCACAAUGACCAUCAACGGCAAGAUGAGCAAGUUUGAAGUGUUCCCGAACGGCACUCUAUCCAUCCAGAACGCAAACAUCAAAGACCGUGGUCAAUACCUCUGCCUGGCUGAGAACGAUCAGGGGUCGGACAAGCUCCUGGUCACCCUGUCCGUAGUGGCCUACCCCUCACGCAUCCUGGAGCCCAAGGUACGGGAGAUCAAAUCCCACUCUGGGAAGACAGUGGAGAUGAAGUGCAAGGUGGAGGGCCGCCCCACCCCUCUGGUCUCCUGGAUCCUGGCCAACCGCACCCAAGUCAGGGGCCACAACUCGGACCCCAGAGUGUCAGUGACCCCAGAGGGCACUCUGCUCAUCAAGCAGGUGUCUGUGUUUGACCGGGGCCACUACAAGUGCAUCGCCAGUAACCCAGCAGGAGCCGACACUGCCACUGUCAGACUGCAGGUGGUGGCAGCACCUCCUGGUAUCCUGGAGGCCAAACGACAGCAGGUCCAGACCGGUGUGGGUCAGAGCCUGUGGUUACCCUGUACCGCUCAGGGCAGCCCCCAGCCCACCGUGCACUGGGUCCUCUAUGAUGGAACGGCAGUGCGGCCCCUGAAGCCCUCUGUGGACCCCAGGGUGUCUGUGUCCACUAACGGGACGCUCCACCUGACCAAUACGGCCGCCACGGACAGUGGAAAGUACGAGUGCAUCGUCACCAGCUCUACAGGGUCGGAGCGCAGGGUGGUGACGCUCACUGUGGAGAAGAAGAAGGAGAUGGCUCCUGAGAUCGUGGAGGCGUCACACCGCAGGACAGAGCUGGCGUAUGGGGACCAGCUGAGGCUGAACUGCUCAGCCACCGGGGACCCCAAACCCAGGAUCAUCUGGAGACUACCGUCCAAGGCUGUGGUGGACCAGUGGCACAGGAUGGGAAACCGAAUCCAGGUCCUGGACAACGGCACCUUGGUCAUGGACUCUGUGAGUGACAAGGAUGCCGGGGACUACCUGUGUGUGGCGCGCAGCAAGGUGGGAGACGACCUCCAGCUCAUGAAGGUCACUGUGUCCAUGAAGCCAGCCAAGAUCGAGCCCAAGAUGUACGGCAAGAAGCAGGUCCCCUACGGCAACGACCUGAAGGUGGACUGUAAGGCAUCUGGAACCCCGGAGCCAGAGAUCUCCUGGGGCCUGCCGGACGGCACCAUGGUCAACAGCGCCCUGCAGUCAGACAGCAGCAGUGGAGGGGGACGCGUACGGCGAUACAUCCUGUUUGAAAAUGGCACACUCUAUCUUAAUCAGGUGGGCAUGGCGGAAGAGGGAGACUACACAUGCUACGCCGAGAACCAGUUGGGCAAGGAUGAGAUGCACGUCCACAUCACCGUGGUGACGGCAGCGCCACGGAUACGUACGCCCAGCCGGACCUACGCCCAGGUGAAGCCUGGAGGCAAAAUCCGCUUUGACUGCGAAGCUACGGGCGAGCCCAAGCCCAAAAUCCUGUGGAUGCUCCCUACUAACGACAUGAUUGCAGCCUCCAACGAACGCUAUCUGAUGCACAUCAACGGCUCCCUAGACAUCCAGGAUGUUAAGCUGGUGGAUGCUGGGGAGUACGUGUGCAUGGCUCGCAACACCGCCGGGGAUGACAGCAAAGUUUACAAGAUAGAUAUCGAUGGCAACCCUCCGGUGAUCAACGGCAACUCCCAGAACAGGAUCGUAGUGAAAGACACGGCCACCAAAUACUCCAGGAAGUUCAUAGACUGCAAGGCCACUGGAGACCCGCUUCCCAAGAUCACCUGGAUCAUGCCGGAUAACAUCUUCCUGAACGCUCCGUACUUCGGCAGCAGGAUCAACGUCCAUCACAAUGGAACUCUCGAGUUCCGGAACGUCCGUCCGACGGACAUGGCGGAGUUCGUCUGCAUGGCGAGGAAUGACGGCGGAGAGGCAGUGAUGGUGGUACAUCUGGAGGUCACUGACAUGCUCCGAAGGCCUAUCUUCAAGAACCCCUUCAACGAGAGAGUAAUGACCCGUAUGGGGAAGACCACAGUCAUGAACUGUUCUGCAUAUGGUCACCCAACACCAGAGAUCAUCUGGCUGCUACCUAACGGAACCCGCUUCACCGGGGGCUCCAACCGGGGCUCACGCCAACACCUAGGCAACGACGGAACCUUCGUCAUCUACAACCCCAGCAAGGAGGACGCUGGGAAGUACCGCUGUGCCGCAAAGAACUCAGUGGGCUACAUUGAGAAGCUGAUAGUUCUGGAGGUGGGCCAGAAGCCAUUAAUCCUCACCAGGCCCAGAGGGAUCAUACGCAGUGUGUCUGGGGACCCUCUGUUCCUUCACUGCCUGGCUGAUGGCAGCCCCAGACCCCGGAUAUACUGGACCAUCCCUGGAGGCCACACCUUGGCCAGACCGCAGGUCCAUGGGCGCCACCAGCUGAUGGAGAAUGGGACCCUGGUUGUCAAGGACACCACCCUCCACGAUCGGGGAAACUAUGUGUGUCGGGCGUCGAACGACGCUGGCGAGGCUGUUCUCACAGUGCCAGUCAUCAUCAUCGCCUACCCUCCCCGCAUCUCCACGGGACCCCCUCCCACCGUGACAGCGAUGGCGGCGGCGCCCAUACAGCUCAACUGUGCUGCCAUCGGGAUCCCAAAGCCAGAGAUUACCUGGGAGCUGCCUGACCGCUCUGUGCUCUCCACGGCGGGAAAAGGGCGGCCCACGGGCAGCGAGCUGCUCCACCCUCAGGGCACGCUGAUCAUCCAGAGACCCACCACAGCAGAUUCUGGCACCUACAAGUGCCUUGCCAAAAACCACCUGGGCACGGACUCACGGGUCACGUAUGUACGUGUGCUGUGAGCACCAGCGCUGACUAAAGGGGAAUAUAGAAUCCCUGGACUAUAAACUCUUAACAGACACGGUAACUUCACAGUGUUUCUUAUGAUGUAAAAUGUCAGGAAAGACUAAUUUCCACAUGCGGACUUGUGAGGAGCGGGGUGUGUGGAAUAGUUUGAUCACGGUACAGCUCACAUCAAUCAACCAAGUAGCAGAACGGGAUUAUUAAGAGAAGGAGGAGGGAAUGGAGGAGGGGACGGAGGAGGGGACGGAGGAGGGAGCGAGGAAAAAUAGAAGCUGUACAGAGGAGGGUCUGUUCUUUGCCAGGAAAGUUGUGACUAGCGAGGUGUUAUUCUUAUUAUAACAGAGUCAGAGGUCUGGAAACGCACGGUUGGUUCUCAUUUGAGGUGUUUUUAACAAGGGGCUGGAAGGUGGGUCUUACAGUGAGGCUACUUGUUGAGUGUUUUGACCAGACACUUUACUAUUACAGCCUGUGGGGAGAGAGGAAGAGAGAAACUCACUAUAUUCCCUCUGGACACUUCCUCGAUGUUUAUUUUUUUGGAGUGUUGGUAAUGACUCAUUUGCUGCAAUGACAGAAACAUUCUAUUAUCAGAAUGUUUCUGACUAUUUUGCUUGUCAAGACACAUUUCAUAUUUCUUGUGAAUAAAUCUUUAUUAACAGGCAGUAUAUUUUAAUGAAUUCUGCCAAAUAUACAUUUUUAAUAUACAUUUUACACUGGAUUAUCAUACAGUUUUUCAAAACAAAUUUCUCACAUUUCUAACUGUUUAUAUUUUUUAAUUAGCAUUGUUAGUUUGUCAUGUUGUUGUCUUAUCUUCCCCCUCUCGUGGUUUGACAGUGCUUGUAUCAAUAUAAAAUGCAGGAGUUUGAUUGGUGUCAAUAGCGACUUUUAUGGAGGUGAAAGUAUCACCUGUACAGUAUUCAGUGGCGUCGUAUGAACUGUCACUGAAAGUAAAUGCAUUAUUGGUUUUAUGUAAUAACAUUCCUUUUGUAACUAUCAUCUACUUUGUGAAUCAAUGGUACGCGGGAGAUGAAAUUAAACCAAAGAUGGAAUGUU